UGUGAUUUCGAAAUGAAGGAAGUGACAUGAAAAUUAAGGCAGUGGUCGAAUAAACAAGAUUAAUUAACAUAAGCUUAUGUUGAAUUGUUUUCAAUGAUUUCAGUCUCUUCCGAAACUUCCAACGGUUCGAAUGAUCUUUCAAAAUGUCAACAAAUGAGGAUACAAAUAUUUCAAAAAAUCAAGAAUUAAAUUGGUUUCUCGUGCUAUGGUAUAUUCACAUUCAUUUAAUUGGUAUCUAUGGAUUUUGGCUGUUGCUUUUCGAAACGAAAUGGAUGACAGUGCUAUUUGUUAUUUUUGUCACAUCGAUCAAUUGUCUUGGAAUAACCAUAGGCGCCCACAGACAUUAUGCACAUAGAGCGUUUGAAGCAGUAAAACCUCUUAAAUAUUUUUUCCUCAUAGCUCAUACCAUUGCCGGUGUGGGCCCUUUGUACAACUGGGUUUGUUAUCACAGGAUACAUCAUAAAUACUACGGUACUGAUAAAGAUCCCUAUUGUAGUAAUAAAGGAUUUUGGUACAGUUACCUUUUCAGCAACAUGAUGAAUUCAAAUUUGAACAAAGAUGAAUUGACAAAGAUAGUAGACAUGCGAGACAUCGAUAAUGAUACUUGCAUUAUGAUUCAGAAAUUAUUAUAUUGGAUUAUAAUCAUACCGAUAACGUAUCUAAUAUCUAUUUCCAUACCUAUGGAAUAUUGGAAUGAGACUCUUCUAAAUUCUAUCUGUAUUAUGGGAUUUUUGCGAUUGCUUAUAAACUCCAGCGUAUCUAGGAUGGUGAACAGCGCCAUUUUGGUGUGGGGUCUUAAACGAGGAGACAAAUAUCCAGUCGAUGACAAUUCGAUAUUUUACAUUACCAAAUCUUAUUGGUUAAAUUAUCAUUAUCUUCUUCCUUGGGAUUGGAAAAGUUCGGAAUUUGGCAAGUACGAUAAAGGAUGUGGUACUCUAAUUAUUAAAAUUUGGCGUGAUCUCGGUAUAGUGAAAAAUCUUAAAACAUCGUCGACGGAAGAUAUCAGAAAAAUUAUUCAGGAUUUGGGAAGUAAAAAGAUAUCAUUAACAGAAGCCAUAAUUGAAUUGCAGAAGCUAAGCGAAGAAGAAGUUGAACGAGAAAACCUUCGUUUCUUUCAUUAAUAUAAAGAGGAAUUUGUAUUUCAUAAAUUUAUAUGAUCUAUAUGAAUUAAAUGUUAAGGAAUUAAUUACAUAAGAAAGUUUCUUUAAAUUAUUGAUGUUUGUAAUGAUCAAUCAUGCUCUAAAUAAAAAAAUUUCAUUCAUAAUUUUAUUUUUAAAAUAUAUACACAUAUCUAUUUAAUAAAAGGAAAUAAUUUUUAUUCCGAAA